AUGUUGCGGCAGGUCUUGCACGAAGGGCUGAGGACGUCUUUCUACAAAAUCGGUCACUUUAUUGCCAACCACCCGGUGUUCUUCUUUUCUGUCCCGGUGCUCAUCUCCAUUCUGCUGGGAGCCAGUUUCAGCCGCUACCGCGUCGAGGAAAACGUGGAGUACCUGCUCGCGCCCAAACACAGUUUGGCCAAAAUAGAGGGCAACUUGGUGGACAGCUUGUUUCCUGUCAACAGAUCCAAACACACGCUAUACUCUGACCUCCAGACUCCUGGGAGAUACGGCCGAGUGAUAGUAACUACGGGUCGGGGGAAUGUACUGGACCAGCAGCACGUCGACCUCAUUCUUGAGCUUCACAGUGCUGUCACCCAGAUCCAGGUAAACAUGCUGGGCUUCAACUACACGUUUGCGCACCUCUGUCUGCUGGAUGACAACAGCAGCUGCAUUGUGGACGACAUCCUGCACGUGCUAGAGGAGCUGCGGACAGCGAGGACCUACAACCGCUCCGCCACGCCCCUGCAGUACCCCAUCACCAGGCUGCAGGAUGGGCGCGAGGCCUACAUCGGGCACCAGCUGGGCGGGGUGCAGCCGGCGGGGCGCAGGAGCGUUCGUUCUGCCCGGGCUCUGCAGCUCACCUACCACCUGCAGGCAGUGAGUCCCCUGAACGACAUGGUGGCCACUCACUGGGAGGCGCGCUUCUGCCAGGUACUGGAGCACUACCAGGAAGUCCACCCCGAGGUCACCCUCUACCCUUUCACCUCCUCCACGCCUCAGCGUGACUUCCAGAGGACCAGCAAGGUGUCUCAGCGCCCGCUGCUGGUCAGCCUGUCGCUGUGUCUCUCGAUAGCCGUGCUGUGCUGCUCCAUGAGGGACUGUGUCCGCACCAAGCCCUGGCUGGGGCUUCUGGCUCUGGCCAGUGUUGGCCUGGCCUCCCUCACUUCUGCCGGCAUUAUCAACCUUACCGGCGGCAAGUACAACUCCACCUUUCUUGGAAUCCCCUUUGUCAUGCUGGGUCAUGGGCUGUUUGGCACCUUCGAGAUGCUGUCAUCAUGGCGGCGAACUCGGGAGGACCAGCACGUGAAGGAACGUGUGGCGGCUGUGUUCUCAGACUGCAUGCUGCCGUUUACCGCCAGCACCGCCUUGUACCUGGUCACCUUCGGGAUCGGAGCCAGCCCCUUCACCAACAUCGAGGCCGUUCGCCUCUUCUGCAGGAACAUCUGCAUCUCCGUGCUCUUCAACUACCUCUAUGUCCUAACUUUCUACGGCUCCAGUCUGGUCUUCUCUGGCUACCUGGAGAACAACUAUCAGCACAGCCUCUUCUGCAAGAAAGUCCCUAAACCAGAGGUGAUGCAGCAGAAGCCUGCCUGGUACCGCUUCCUCAUGCAUACGCAGUUCAACGAGGAGGCCUCUGAGCUGGGAGACCUGCGUGCCUACGAGAGCCACCUGCUGGUGGUCUUCAUGAAACGCCACUACUGCGACUGGAUCACCAACACCUACGUCAAGCCCUUUGUGGUUCUCUUCUACCUGGUCUACGUCUCAUUCGCGCUGAUGGGCUAUCUGCAGGUGAGCGAGGGCUCGGACCUCAGCAACGUGGUCGCCACGGAGACCAGCACCAUCGCCUACACCAGGGCCCAGCAGAAGUACUUCAGCAGCUACAGCCCGGUCAUAGGUUUUUACAUCUACGAGUCCAUUGAGUACUGGAAUGCCAGCGUGCAGGAGGACGUGCUGGAGUACACUAAGGGAUUUGAGAGGAUCUCCUGGUUCGAGAGCUACCUGAACUACCUGCGCAGCCUCAACAUGAGCACCAGCUUGCCCAGGCGCAACUUCACGGAGCACCUGCGCUCCGGCUUCCUCAAGCAGCCGCAGUUCCUGCACUUCUCCGACGACAUCAUCUUCGGCAGGCUGGUGGACGGCGAGGUGGACGUGGUGGCCUCGCGCAUGUUCCUCGUCGCCAAGACGACGGAGAACAAGCGCGAGGAGAUGUACAUCCUGCUGGACACGCUCAGGAAGCUCUCGCUCACCUCCAGGAUCAAGUUCAUCAUCUUCAACCCCUCGUUCGUCUACAUGGACCGCUACGCGUCCUCAGUGGGGGCCCCGCUGAAGAACUCCUGCAUCGCCGCCCUCUUCCUGCUCUUCUUCUCCGCCUUCCUGGUGGCCGACUCCCUGGUCAAUGUGUGGCUGACGGUGACGGCGGCCUCAGUGGAGUUCGGCGUGAUCGGCUUCAUGACACUGUGGCGGGUGGAGCUAGACUGCGUCUCUGUGCUGUGCCUCAUCUACGGCGUGAACCACGCCAUCGAUUCCUGCGCUCCCUUGGUCUCCACCUUCGCGCUGGGACGGGACUCCACACGCACCCGCUGGGUGAAGCUGGCGCUGGAGCGCCACGGGGUGCCCGUGCUGCAGAGUUUCCUCUGCUACGGCGCCGCCCUGCUGCCCCUUGCUGCCGUGCCCUCUAACCUCACCGCCACGCUCUUCAGGUGCCUCUUCCUCACCGCACUCAUCACCCUCUUCCACUGCCUGGCCAUCCUGCCUAUCCUCCUCACCUUUCUUCCCCCAUCCAAGAAGAAGAGGAAAGAGAAGAAAGCGGCAGAGACCAGGGAGGAGAUAGAGUGUGUGGAGAUGGCGGACAGCACGCGUGUGGUUGACCAGAUCACUACGGUCUAAUGGAGUAUCUUGGCCUCCAGAUCACCAUGGGUACAAGCUAAAUACAUUUUUGGAAGAAACCAGCAGACAUGGGGAUGUCUGGCGUCAGCAUAAUAGAAUGGGCUGGCCAGGAAGUUACAAUAAGUCCCGCCACUUGAGUGUGUAGUAAUGUGAGACAGUUAACAGCACUCUUGGUGAGUUACAGGCUAUAGAUAACCAUUUUGGUGUAACCCCUUUGAGGAAAAAUUAACAACAUUUCCUCUGUCU